AAUUAUUCUAACAAAUAUUACUUUUGUUUUUAUAUACCAUCAGUUUUUAUAUACCAUCAUAUCUUGCAGAAAUAAAUUGCAUUCUACAAUAAAUCCACUAAUAUAUAUAAUCAAGAAUUUUUCUACAAUAUUGUCUGCUGUAUCAAUUAGGUGACAAAUCUGUCCUUGUCAAGUAAAUAUUUUAUUCACGUCUAUAAUAUUAUAUAUUUAUGACUAUCACACAAAACAUUGAAAACAUGGCGAAAUUGAAACGCGCGAUUUGGAAUGUUUCUUCCAAUUUUGCUGCAAAUCGAUAUUUUUCGCGUUUGCUAACAAUAUGAGAUUCAUUCAUAAGAGGCAAAAUUUGACAGUGUUAUUUUAUGUUUGCAAUGAACUGGAAAUUAAUUUCUGUUCAUAGUUCUCAGUGGUACAAUGUGUCUACAGAUUCAUUACUAAAUAAAACAGUAACGGAAAGUACACUAAAAACCGAAAAUGAUAUCAUCAUUACAGACAGUUGUGUUCAACGUUUAAAGGAAAUUACAGAUGAUAAUGCUUAUUUAAGAGUUACAGUUGAAGGGGGAGGUUGUUCUGGUUUUCAAUAUAAAUUUGAUUUGGAUACAAACAUAAAUGAAAAUGAUAAAGUGUUUCAAAAGGAUGGUGCAAAAGUAGUUAUAGAUACAACAUCUUUAGAAUAUAUUAAAGGAUCGACAAUAGAGUAUCACACAGAAUUGAUACGUUCUGCAUUUAGAAUAACUAAUAAUCCAUUAGCUGAACAAGGUUGUAGCUGUGGUGCUAGUUUUUCUAUUAAAAUAUAAUUUUCAUGUAAAAUCAAUUGUAAAGAAAUUUAGAUAUAUAUAUAUGUAUAGAUAUAUUUGUUGUUAUGCUAAUAAAAUGGUUAAAAAUAUUGUUACAUUUUUGUCAAAAUUGUAAAUUUUGUAAUUUAUUUGAUUAUUUUAUGUGUAUCUUACAUUUAAAUACUAAAAAUGAUCUUAGUAUAUAAAUUAUGUUACUAAAAAUAAUUAUUGUCUGUCAGCUGUGAAUUGUUAAUAAUUAAAGUUGCUAAUAAUUCUGA